AUGGCAACCAAAUACAAGCUUGUCUACUUUGUACCACUGUCUGCUCUCGACGCAGUCAAGAAAGCAGUCUUCGCGACCGGAGCAGGUCGCUAUCCCGGCCCAGGCAACUACACAGAGGUCGCGUGGCAGACCUUGGGCACCGGCCAAUUCCGCCCAGGCGAUACCGCCAAACCCAACAUCGGAGAAGUCGGCAAGCUCGAGAAAGUAGAAGAAGCAAGGGUGGAAACCCUUUGCGUAGGCGAGGACAUCACAAAGAAAGCAGUCGCAGCUCUGAAAGAGUAUGUAUCCGUGCCGCUUCCACUUAAGACAAUGUCCGCUGAUGCGAGUUACGUAAGGACUCAUCCUUACGAGGAGCCUGGGUAUGAGGUGUACAAGAUCGAGGACUUUUGA